AUGGGAAACUGCUUAGUUCUUGAGCAAAAAUCUGUGAGUGUAAUGAAGACAGAUGGAAAGGUCAUUGAAUACAAAUCUCCCAUUAGAGUCCACCAAAUUCUGUGUGACUAUUCUCACCAUGCCAUAUCUGAUAAACUCCCAGUAGUAAAACACCUGCAUCCCAACACCGAGCUUCUCCAAGGCCGCGUGUACUAUCUUCUCCCCAUCCCGGUGGUGCCCCAGCCAGCCAAGAAGAAGAAGAGGGUCCGCUUCUCAGAUGAGGUUGUGGAGGAAGAGAGACGACGGGCCACGGGGGCCGUGAGGAUCAAGCUUCUGAUCACCAAGCAAGAGCUGCAGGCAAUGCUUGCCAAAGAGGGACUUUCGGUUGAAAAGAUGAUCUCAAAGGUGCAGAAAGAGCCACUCGAGAUCGCCGUCUUGGAUAGUAUCCCUGAGCUAGAUGACUAG